CUUCCGUCUGAUGUUUGACAGCAAGCAUGGAAAAGUUCAUCAGUAAGCAUUUGCGACUUUUGGAGAAGGAAAGGGAGACAGAAGUAGAAGAAACAAGGGCUUUGACUGAGAAAUUGCCAAUCAAAGAGCUACAGAGAAGAGGAGUAUGCCUUCCCAAACUAUGCAUUGUGGGACGACGGACAGGAUUUUAUGGGAGAAUCGUCAUUACAUUUGAGAUGGGCAGGAAUCAACAGGAACUGCCUUCCCAUAAUUUCACUCCAGGAGACAUCGCUGGGCUGAGUCAGUCUUCAGGUGACCAAGCCGAGGAUAUGGGGUCAGGGAUAGUUACUCGGGCCAGUAAAACCUCUGUUUGUGUAGCUUUUGACGAUAACCAGGAUCUCUUUCUUCUGAGUGAUGAGGGCCCGUACAAACUACAGAAACUAGCCAACGAUGUGACAUACAAGCGAUUAAAAAAAGCCCUCCGUGACCUGCAGUCCCUUCCUCCUUGUCCUGCCACUCAACUUGUAGGAGUGCUAUUUGGGGAAAGGGAGUUAACGCCGCCGUAUAUCCCUAAAGAAAUUACCUUCAUAAAUCAAAAUUUGGAUGAUUCCCAAAGAGAGGCUGUGAGAUUUGCUUUGUCUCAACCCGAGGUAGCUGUGAUUCACGGCCCUCCAGGUACAGGAAAAACUACAACAGUUGUGGAGGUCAUCACACAGGCUGUCAAACUCGGCAUGAAGGUAUUGACGUGUGCCCCGUCUAACAUUGCUGUAGACAAUCUGGUGGAAAGACUUGCCCGAAACAAACUAAAAAUCGUACGACUCGGCCAUCCUGCACGUGUUCUACCGCACAUUCAGAAAUACUCACUUGACGCCAUUUUAGCCAACAGCGAAGAAACAAAAUUAGUGGAAGAUGUACGCAAGGACCUAGAUAAGGCCUGGUCACAGAUGAAGAGAACUAGGGACAAAGGAGAGAAGCACACUUUGCGGGGAGAAAUGAAAUUCCUUCGGAAAGAAUUAGCGCAACGUGAGCAGGCGGCUACAAAAGAGAUCUUGAAACGAGCAGAUGUUGUCUUGGCAACACUCACGUCGGCCUCGCCAGAGGGACCAUUAAAAUUUCUGGAUGAAAAACACUUUAAUUUGACUGUUAUUGAUGAAUGUUCCCAGGCUAUUGAGGUUGCGUGUUGGAUUCCCCUUCUGAGGGCCCCUCGAUGUGUACUUGCUGGAGAUCACCUUCAGUUACCGCCAACCAUCCUCAGUCAAGAAGCGGCCAAAGAUGGGCUGGAACUGACCCUGAUGGAGAGAAUCAUUGACCUCUACCACACCAAAGUCAUCCGCAUGCUGACCACACAAUACAGAAUGCACCAGGUCAUCAUGCAAUGGUCAUCUGACAAACUCUACCACAGCAAACUGACCGCUCACCCGACAGUGGCUGGUCAUCUUCUCAGUGACUUGGAGGAUGUGAACGCAGAGGAGGAGGAGGCCAGCUUACCCCUACUGUUGAUCGAUACAGCUGGCUGUGAUCUGCCAGAAAUGGACACACCUGAGGAAAUAUCUAAAGGGAAUGAAGGAGAGGCAGACAUUGUCAGUAGUCAUGUAGAUAGACUGGUUACCUUAGGAGUGAAACAACAGGAGAUAGCUGUCAUAGCUCCAUAUAACCUACAGGUGGAACUGUUACGUCUUCGAAUCUGGCCAAAGUUUCCAGAUGUGGAAAUAAAGUCAGUUGACGGCUUUCAAGGACGUGAGAAGGAAGCGGUCAUCAUUACACUUGUUCGAAGUAACAGGAGAGGUGAAGUUGGAUUUCUGUCCGAGAAACGAAGAAUAAACGUAGCAGUGACAAGGGCACGGCGCCACCUGGCGGUGAUUUGUGACAGUGAGACAGUGUCACAUGACGAGUUCCUGAAGUCCCUUGUAGAUUACUUGUCCAGUCAUGGAGAGGUGCAGACAGCCCAGGACUACAUAGAUUCUGGAGUUUUCAGUAAAAGCAUUCGUCCUGAGCAUCUUGAUGAUCUCUUGACUCUGAACUCUGUUAGAAGGAGUAAAGGAAGUGGAGCCAGGCCAAAAUCUUCUGUAUCAAAGUCUAAACAGAGCCAUGGUUCUUCUGAUAGUAAGAGCAGUGCUGCAUCUGUCGUUGGCCCCUCAAAGGAUCGGAAACACCAUGAAAAACAUAUCAGUGAUGAAGCAGAAACAGAGAAAAAGACAGAAAAGUAUCGUGAGAUGCUGGAAAAGUUUGUUGCCAAUACAGAAGUGAAUUGUAUGGAAUUCCCUGCAACACUAACAUCUUUCGAGAGAAUGCUGGUACACGAGCUGGCUGAGAAGCUGUCUCUAACUCAUAUAAGUAAGGGAGAAGACAAGGAAAGGUUCAUUGUGGUCUCCAAACCUGGCAGCCAGUCUGUAUCCAUGACAACCGAUACGUCUGUUCAGCCAUCUCUAGAUGAGCGAGAAGAGACCAAAAGUACAGGUCAUUUAGAGGAAAAAUCAAGACAGAAAGAGGAGAAGAAAAGUGACAAGCUGGUUUGCCCACAUUGUAGUAAAGAUGUCAUCAAUGCAAACUUUAGCCUACAUGAAAUCCAUUGUUUACGAAAACAAAAGGAAUGUUCAGCAAAAGCGGCUGAAAAAUCUCAAAGUACUUCUUCUCGUAAGGACUCGGCAAAGCAGCAGAAUGGCAUGAAAAAGGUACGUCCACCAAGUGCCACUGCAAAAAUUGAAAAAGUGGAUGCUGAUGAUUUUGAUGGACUGAUAGCUGCUGCUCAGAAACUUGAUGAAGUUUGUGGUUUCAAAAAAUGCAAAGUGAAAGUGAAGACCCUGGGUCAAAACUGUGAGUUUUGUAUGAGGCGUUUUUGCCUGUCUCAUCAUAUUCCGGAGAUUCAUGGUUGUGGAGAUGUAGCAAAAGCUCAGGCACGUUCCGUACAUGUCAAGGAGGGCGUAUUGUAUCGUAGUAGUAUGACGAAGCCUCCACCUCCGGAUCCAACACGCCAGGCUGCCCUCCACAGAAAACUUGAUAAAAAAUUGAGCGACUUGACUUCACAGCGUUCAAAGUCGGGUAAAAAGAAGAAAAAAUGAUAAUAUGUAGAUUGAUGGACACUGAAACAUAUUGGUGCUGUUUUGUUGGAUACAUUUUCUUGGGACCACCUUAGAAAAACGGUAACACAUGUAUUAUGAGUUACUCAUGAUGUUCCAUGUCCAAAUAUUGUUGAUUAAAAAUUAAAUGUUUUUCUCUCGAUUCCUUCGGAUUGAUUAAAAUAUUUUUUAUCCCCA